AUGGCGGUCCCCCGCGGGCGCCUCCCCCUGGUCGCCGCCGUCGCCGUGUUCCUCGCGUUCCUCUGCUGCCGCGGCGAGGCGGCGGCGAGGGAGCUCAAGGUCGGGUACUACGCCGAGACGUGCCCGGAGGCCGAGGACAUCGUCCGCGAGACCAUGGCGCGCGCGCGCGCGCGCGAGGCCCGCAGCGUCGCCUCCGUCAUGCGCCUCCAGUUCCACGACUGCUUCGUCAACCGUUUCGCUUCCGCUGUCUGCCGUUUCCGGUUCAAAUCCGCGUCCCCUUUGUCUGCCGGUUGCACUCCAGAAUCCAGCGUUUCGCUGCCUGGCGUUUCCAGUGCAGAACUCUGCGUUGAUCGUGUUCCCGCAGCAUUCAGUUUCAGGAUCCACCGCGAAUAA